AUGACCAACGAUUCUCCGGAGGAGGAGACCCGAGCUCCGGGCGGCGGCGGCGGCGGCGGCGGCGGAGGAGGAGGAGGAGGAGGAGGUGGGAGAGGAAUCGCACAAAGAAACCGAGCGGACGACAAUGUCACCAUCCUGACAUCCUCCAUGGAUUUCCACAGAGCCAGCCGGAGCCGAGCCAGCAGCAACAACGAUGCCGCCCCGAGCUUCACAUCCUCCGUGGAUCUGAGCACCUCCUCCCUGGAGCUGAGCAUCCAGACGCGGAUCUUUAAGAUCAUAGUCAUAGGGGACUCCAACGUGGGGAAGACCUGCCUCACCUUCCGUUUCACCGGUGGAAGCUUCCCCGAUAAGACCGAAGCCACCAUCGGGGUGGAUUUCAGGGAGAAGGCGGUAGAAAUUGAAGGAGAAACCAUCAAGGUGCAGGUAUGGGACACAGCAGGCCAGGAGCGCUUUCGUAAAUCCAUGGUGGAGCACUAUUACCGCAAUGUCCAUGCAGUGGUCUUUGUGUAUGACGUCACCAAGAUGGCUUCCUUCCGCAACCUACAGACAUGGAUAGAGGAGUGUAACGGCCAUCGGGUUUCAGCAUCAGUACCUCGAGUCCUGGUGGGAAACAAGUGUGACCUUGUGGACCAAAUACAGGUGCCCUCCAAUAUGGCCUUGAAGUUUGCUGACGCCCACAACAUGCUGCUGUUUGAGACAUCAGCCAAGGACCCUCGGGAGAGUCAGAACGUCGACUCUAUCUUCAUGUCCCUGGCCUGCCGCCUGAAGGCCCAGAAAUCCCUGCUCUAUAGAGACGUGGAGAGAGAGGAUGGGAGAGUGCGACUCACACAAGAGACUGCAACAAAGAGUAGUUGUCCUUGUUGAGGAAAAGGAGGAGUGGGAAUGGAAGGGAAGAGAGAAGAGUAGCUGUACAUGUUAAGGAAGAGGAGGAGAGGCAUGAUGGGAGAGUGAGGUUAAAACAAGAGUCUUUUAAAUUAAGUGCAACUUUUCUAGUUUAGGAUGACGAUGGGGAGGUUGAGAAGAGGAAGAGGAGUGAGAAGUCAAAGCUUGUGUAAGGGACUGAAAAAUCAUCAAUAUUUGUGUUCUUGAGGAUGAGGAGAAGAGUGGAUAGUGAGGAUAGAAAGUGACACAUUUAUUAACAAUUCAGAAAUUAGACAAUGUUGCCUUUAAGACUCAAUUUUUCAAACAUAGACACAAUCCCAGUAAAUAUACUUUCUGUGGGCCCAGUGCACCGGCAAACAUAACACCAUAAGCAUAGGAGUCGUUUUGUAGCUCCAAAACAAACUGAAACCAGCCCUGGCUCGGUGUUUAUUAACACCAACAUUCUGAUGCACCAUAUCAGAACUCAUAUAUCACAGUCGCAUAUUGAUUUUUAUCCACAUCCUAUCUGAAAGAGGCAUUUCCUGGCCUUUUUCUACUGCCUUUAAAAGCUGCCUCAGUAAAAGUAGCAUAGAGGUUUUAGUCUCAUUAAGUCUUUUAAGCACUCGAGAUGAUCUUGGUUUAUACAACGAAGCAAACACUCUGACAGCCUCUUGAAGGGACUGUUUGAGAGGAUGAAUGAGACUCUUUUGGUCUCAGCAUUUUAACAUACCUGAUAUCUACCCUUUACGAGUGACAGUUGACUUAAAUUCACUGUGAGAUCACAAGUACAUGGGAAAGGUGAGAAUACACGUUAGACAUUUAUAAAAUAGGAGACAGAAAAGUCUUGUUGAGCUCAAAGGACUUACAAUAAGACCUUGAGAACAAGGUCUCCUGAAAACGGCCCAUCUAGAAGUUGUCAGGCAGUGUGUCACAUAUUGAUUUAGAGGCUUCAAGAUCCUCUUUCCCUUAUGCAGGAGAAAUGCACUCUCUUAUAAAGAGGGGCUAUCGUGGCACGGCUCCUCUUUCUCAUAUAAUCCUGUUGUAAACAUAUCCUCUCCAUGUUUUCCCAGUGGCAGAGUGGCUUAUCCAGCUUUCCCUUUGUGUGCAAAUGCAGAAACAUCCAGUCUUUGCCAUGUGUGACUUUAAGAUAGCCAGUCUCCCUAUCAACAGCAAUUCCAGUCUAUAAUAAACAUUUUCAAGGUAAAGGCCUUUUGUCUUAGAUGAUGUGAUUUCUACAUCAAUAUCACUGCCUCCAGUUUCAAAGAAGAUGGGAAAAAAUGACAGAAAACUGUGACCCCUGUAUAGAUAAUGCAGAUCUUUAUACUGCUACCCAGCCUGAGCCAGGAUAGUAUGAGUGGACUAUUUAUGCUUGGUGUCUUUGAAAAGGAAUGAGUCCAGGAGUAUCCGAGCCAUGGAUGAUACAGGCUGCGUGAAACACUGUAGAAAGCCAUAUUCAUUACUCACUGUACACAUAGAUACAGUAUGUUUUACAGGAGGCAGUUCCCAGCUGGGUUGUGGGUGGAAGAACACACUGUACACAACUUAGUGUUGGAGCUAUGAAGUUUGUGUAAUAAAGCAUCAAUCCACACGCCUGACUGUGAUGCUGCCAAUAUGUUAUAGCAGCACAUUCACCAUAUCUUACCCUAAUUUAAUGUUGUAGCCUACUUUGGAGCAAUGCUAUUAAUAUAUUUGUAUGCCAUAUGUAAAAGAAAUUCAGAUCAGUGAGCAUUUAAGGCCAGUGUUCCCUCCAAGCUGACAGCCUGGUGACCUAAUUAUUUCAACACAUAGAGCAAUUCAAACACUGUGCAAAUCCAAGUGAAAUUUAUAUUGUCUGAGGUGUAUCAGGUUUUGUCAAUCUUUAUUAGAAAACUCUUCACCGUUUUUCAUCAUUUUAAUUCAUGCUUGUAUUAAUAGCAGCAAGAUCAAACAGCUGUUACAAGUGAAUUAAAUGACACUACUGUAAAAAAAACAAAAAAAAACAGGAAGAGCUCUGUUUGUUCUCAUUGUACGGGCAAAGCUGUGACUUGAAAAGGAGAUUUUAACUUUAAUACAUGCCACCCAGAGCCAUAGUUUCAACAAGAAAGAGAACACAAAAACUAGGACAACAACCAUGCAUCCAUUUUCUAAACCGCUUAUUCUGUUCAGGGUUGUAGGUGGGUGGAUCAUAUCCCAGCAAAUAAUGCGUGAGAGGAUGGGCACAGCCUGCAACGUUUUGUCUGCUAACAAAUAACUAUGGCUCUGUCUACCAUUAGGUUAGUUAUAAUGUGGCUAAUUUAGUCGCAGAAAUAAGAGUGAGAUGAUUGUACUAGCCUAAUGAGAAGAAAAACAUGUUGUGGAAAAAAGAAGAAUGUGCCUGCAUUUACUUCAUAUGCUUACCAGACCUGAAUAAAAUAACAUUUGACUUGGUUUCAAAUGACUGGGGAAAAAAAGUUAUAAUUUAGUCAUUUUUUGUUUUCAGGUUUUCACUUGAAGACAAUCCUGUUGUAUUAACUUGAUAAUAGUUUAGAAGUGUCAUUUAUUGUGCAAUAAAUAAAUGUACCGGUUAUCACUCAUUGCAGUUACAUACUCUACAUUAAGCUUCAUAUCAACUUUCUCUUACAAACAUUUGAAAUCACUGCAAAUGUAUGUUUUACACAGAUCUAAGAGUUAAGAAUAGAAAUGUACAGUGUGUAUACUUGGCUUCCCUUUACCCUGUAUUUUAUCUGUUAAAAUGUUUCCCUAUUUAUUUUAUUUCUUUUUAAUAACCAGUAUUUGCUCUUAAAGGUAUCCCUUGACAUUUUGAAAUUUAGUCUGGUAAUUUUAUUUAUCUGUUUAAGAAAAGUUACCAUAUGUGAAAUGUACGUAAUGCUAACACAGCUGAAAGGAGACUGGUAUUUGCAGCUUGUUAGCAUUAUUAUAUUUUCAUAUUAACUUCCUAUCCUAUUGUGGUUUUCAAGACUUGUCUUUUUUUUUUUUUAAAUGAAUUAAAAAUUAUAAUAUCAUAAUAUUUAUUCAUGUCUGUGGAGAAAUUCUCUUUCCCCUCCACAGGGAAAUCAAUGCUGUCACAUUAAGCACAAUGGAGCAUUAAAAUAAUUGCCUACCAUAAAUGAAUAAAUAUUCAGUGAAUAGGAAAAUGAAAUCAUGUAUGAAUCCCAAACGUAACAGGAAAGAAAUUUCAUUCUCAGGUUCUCCUGGGUCCCUGUCUCACCAACGCUAGCCCGACUGAUUUUUAUGGCAGAUAAUAAUAUUGCUAUUUUAAAGUUUUUAAAAAGUUGAUAAGAAUAUAUCUUAUAUUUAGUUAUAAAUAACUGUGACCUAGAUUUUACAGGUGGACAAACUGUGAAAUAGCAACAACUUUUCAUUUAUAUUUCCUUUCACGUAUCAACCAACGUUGAUAGCAAUACAUCGGUAAUGAGAUGAAAAUUGGCCAUGCUACUUAAAUGGUUGGGCUCUAUCAACCUUCAAAAUUUCAAUUUCAAAAUUUAAUAUAUAAUUGGUCACAAAAAAGAACUCUUUCAUUCUCACUUCAAUGUGCUCUGUCUGUCAAUGAAUUUUGGUGUGGUGGUGCACAUAGUGAAGACAGGCCACCUUAAGCAACGGAGUGACACAGGUCAGAGGUCAUGUCAGACCUGCCCUUCAGCGCUUAGCACCUGCCUUCAGGGUUGUUAGAGCAACACGGUGAAGAAUCAUACACCUGGGAUAGGUUCUGCCAUUUUAUGCUCCAUUAAGCUUAAAGUGACUCCAUAGAGGUAUGAGGCCUGGGAUGGGUCACUCACAGAACAGCAGCCCUUGCUCAAAGACACUUCAGCAGGACGGAUGCCUGCUGACACAGAGAUUUGAACCCUCAUCCUAUGUUGUCAGUGAUACAAAUUAUUGUCCAGUACAACAAAAUUUUUCAGAUUAAAAGUCAAAAUACCAAGUUACUCCUUUGACAAAAGCCUUAAGAGUGGUGUUACUUGAUUUUGUGAUGUUAUAAAUUGAUUAUAAUUGUUGAAUCUCAGAUGACAAUGUGUUUUGGCUGUGAAUUUAUUAUUGUUUUGGACUGUAUCAGAUCGUCUGUCUUCUUCGUUGUUGUUACAAUCUCACAGGGAUUUCUGAUAAAACCGCUGAGCAAGCUUCA